GUGGUGGGAAGCUCCGCACUCUCCGCGGUCGGCGUCGCUGCAAGGUGCCGGCGGAGGCGGCACUCCCGCGGUUCUUUAUCAAGUACCAACUCUAUGGAUCCAGGAUGGGUUUGUCCCAUGGCCUGCUUUGAACAGUGUAUUGUCCAAUAGACGAUUCCAUUGGCAAACCAUCUCUCUAUUGCCUUACAGAGCAAGCAAAGAAGAUGGAUCGACUGAAGAGCCAUCUGACUGUGUGCUUUUUACCUUCUGUGCCCUUUUUAAUCCUAGUAUCCACGCUAGCGACUGCUAAAAAUGUGACUAACAGCACUUUAAAUGGCACUGACAUGGUGUUGGGAUCUGUGCCCGUAAUCAUUGCCAGAAUUGACCAUAUCAUAGUCAAGGAAGGGAACAGUGCCUUGAUUAAUUGUAGUGUUUAUGGCAUCCCUCACCCACAGUUCAAGUGGUAUAAUUCCAUUGGCAAGCUGCUGAAAGAAGAGGAUGAGAAGGAGAGAGGAGGAGGAAAAUGGCAGAUGCACGACAGCGGCCUCCUGAACAUCACCAGAGUGUCUUUCUCCGACCGAGGUAAAUACACGUGCAUCGCUUCCAACAGGUAUGGCACUGUGAACAACACGGUGACCCUGAGAGUCAUCUUCACCUCGGGAGACAUGGGCGUCUACUACAUGGUGGUCUGCCUGGUGGCCUUCACCAUCGUCAUGAUCCUCAACAUCACCCGCCUGUGCAUGAUGAGCAGCCACCUGAAGAAGACCGAGAAGGCCAUCAACGAGUUCUUUAGGACCGAAGGCGCAGAGAAGCUGCAGAAGGCAUUUGAGAUCGCCAAGCGGAUCCCCAUCAUCACCUCAGCCAAAACUCUAGAGCUUGCCAAAGUCACCCAGUUCAAAACCAUGGAAUUCGCCCGCUACAUCGAAGAGCUGGCCCGGAGCGUGCCUCUGCCUCCUCUCAUUAUGAACUGCAGGACGAUUAUGGAGGAGAUCAUGGGUGUCGGGCUGGAGGAGCAGGGCAGAAUUUCGUGAGGCAUAACCCCAGAAGGCCAGGAAGCCGUGGACACGGACGAGGUUUACACCAUCCCGAACUCUCGGAAGCGAAGCGACUCCCCCACCGCCGACUCGGACGCCUCGUCGCUGCACGAGCAGCCUCAGCAGAUUGCCAUCGAGGUGUCUGUCCACCCGCAGUCCAGAAAAGACCACGGGGAAGACCAAGAGGGGGUGGAGUUUGGAGUCAAAGAUGAAGAGGAGACGGAACCGUCAGCCGAACGUUCCCCAGAAACUGCAGAGCCUUCUACUGAUAUAACUUCCACAGAGCUAACGUCUGAAGAACCGACACCUACUGAGGUAUUGGAUAGAGUCCUGCCACCAGCUCAUCUGGAAACUACAGAGCCAGCAGUGGCACAUGACAAAAACACCUGCAUUAUUUACGAAAGCCAUGUCUAAUAACAACUCUGAAAAGCUAUGCAUAUCAAGAAAAUCAGGGGCUGCUCCUUGUAAUACAGAUGUAGUACGCAAUUGCCGCUAAGCCUUACCAGGAGACUCUCAUCAUUUAGGUAGGAUCGAUGCCAUUUUAAAAGGGGAAGCACCUGCCUGCAGGUUCUUUGAGGGGACUCUCCCCAGCAGCAAAGGAUGUGAGAAAUACCAGGGUGCAGAAUUGAUAACACUGGACAGAGGUGUCUGUCCACGUGAGAUGAGUUUUAUAGGCUAUUCUCUGCCAAAUUCCCCAAUUGGUGAUGCCCUUUUGGCACAGAGUACACUACUGUAAGAUAUUCUGAGUUCAAUAGCCCUGUCCAAUGCACCCUGCCUUGCUUUUUCCUUUUAAAAAUUAUAGCUCUCCUACUAAUAGCAAAUGCAUGUACAUGGGUUUGUUGCACUUUCUUCUCAGUUUUAAUUACUUUCACUGUUCCCUUAUAAUGGAGUAGUUGUUAUUAUAUUAAUAUUAAUUGCUCUUUUUGGUUUAGUCAUCUUUGCCAUUUGUCCUUAUUUUGCCCCAGAACAUUUACCUCAGAGCCUCUGUUAUCAGUCACCAGCACCAGGGCUGAUAUGGAGAAGUCAUUUGCAAUGUUCUAAAAUAGUUACUAAGCUCUUUGUUAUUAUUAUUUUGUGUUUCCCAUACAUUGCUUUUUUUGUUUCCAGUGAAGCUGCUGCUGUGAAACUGAGAAAAAUUUUGCCCGAGAAAUAGCACUUUAAUAGCCAAAUAAAAAUGUGUUUACUCAUCCAAUUCUGAGAGCCUUUUGGUGAGCUCAACUGAGAUGUGGAGAGCUAUCAUAAAAGGUUAGAUAUACCCACACUACCCAUGGAGACUACUGUUUACAUUUAAGUAACACUAUCCUCCAAGCAAAGACUGAUUCUUUGCGUGAAAUGUGUUGCUACUAAAGACAAGAGCCACUUGAUGAAUUCCCAUAAAUUAUAGAACUGGAUCCCCAGAAGGCCAUGUGCUGUUGAGUGACUCAAGCACUUGAUGUGGGCAGCAAAUAUAAGAAUCUAUGAGAUUAUUUAAUCUCUGAAAUCCACUUUUGUGGACUGCCUAGUUGACUUGGUUUUUAAGGGGAGAGUGAAGGGUUAGAGUAAUGGCAUAAGGAACUGUAUAGUAAGAUUUCAGCCAAAAUUAUUGUAUUGAUAUUCAGUCCCACAAGAAAGCAGUUAUAUGUGAGGAGCAUGAUGCUAUAGAAAAAAGACAACCAGAGGCUUAAUACCUUUCUUACUUGAUUGUGCCAAUAACCAGUAGCCUGGCUUUGUGCAAGUCUGGGUCUCAGUUUCCACAUCUGUGAGAGGGAGCAGAUGAGCUCCAUGUGCCAUUUAAAUGGUCUCACGCUCUUACAGAACCAAAUCAGUUUAUAGUCUUUGCUCUUUUCUGCAAUUACUUUAGAUUUCCCCACUCAUCUCUGGGAUUACCUAACAUUUUUCUGCUGCAUUACAUUUUAAAAUAAAAAGCUUUAGUUUUGGAAAAUCAUAGCAUUUAACAUAAGUUGUGGCUCCUCCCUUAUCCCCCCUCCCCACCCCUCCCCACAGAUCAUUGGGACCGCAUCUACGUUUUGGAGGUUUACUGGCAUUGAGAAGAGUAGACAUUAUUUCAUUUUCACUUAAGAGCAAGAGGAACAGUAACCUUAAAGUAAUGAUAAGGGCCAUGGCCACAUCAGUUGACAGAUUAUGAUGUCUGAGGUUACAUAGGGGCACACUGGUAAUGAAAAAGCAGACCCAGAUGUUUAAUCCUCACUCUGCCACUCUCUGGGUAAAUGGCCUUGGACAAACUCCCUUCAUUCUAUCUCUGGGGUUUAAACAUUUUCAUCUGUAAAAUAUGCAGAUUGCACUCAGUGGGCUGCAAUAUCCCUUCUAGCUCAAACAGGUAUAGUUUUAUGGAAAGCUUGUAAUUUCCCAUGAUGGUCCCCAUUGCAGGAGAUGAGCAAUCUUGGGACAAAAAUGGCUACCUGUGACUGAAUGCGCUUGUUAUUCAAACUUUACAACAUAUCUGCUCUGUAACUGAGGGCGGUGGACUUUGCCUUAGAAGUGGCGUUCAUGGGGUUCUUUAUGUAUAGAUAACUGGUGUGGCAGGCAAUCUGACAGGCAGGGAGUUUGAUCAGGCAUCUCUUGACAGGAAAUGGACUGUUGGCAUCUAGCUAGAGAGAAGUGUCUUAGGUGGUCACGUAAAGAAAUUGGUAGUGAGCAAGCAAGAGAAGCUAUAGCUUUUCUGUUUGUGCUCUCUGGACUAGGAUUUUACUUGGGUUGUAGAAACUUUUGUCUCCAGCUCUUAGAAUAUAUUUUCCUAGCUAUCGUGGAAGUCAAAAAAUUCUCACCAUGGAUUUGUAUAUCCAAAUCAACAACAGAGUCUUAAGCUUGUUUUGUGAUGUUGUGUGUACUUUUUCCCCAUUCUGUUGAGUUUUCAUUCCACCCAAACCUAUGUGCAAAUUCCCCACAAGACAUGUACAUGUAGGCAUCCAUUCCAUCUAGACAUUAUUUAGAGAUAAUGGAAUAAUAGAUAAUAAGCUAGAAAUAUGAAGCAGGAGCAAAAAUGUGUGACCAAAGAAUGUUUGCAGGUUGGUUCUAGCUUCUGUAGACUGGAGUGGUAGAGAGGGAUCACAGAUUUUCAAAUCUUCCUCCCCCUUAAGGCAUCAAACUACUCUUGACCUUGGCUUUUAAUAGGGAUUUCUACUUCUAGAAAUUCCACACUCUUCCUUUCCAUCCUAUAGCUUUCUUUUGGAAAUGAGAGAGGCCUUCCUGCAGAAUAUGAAAUGUAGAAGACCUUGUAACUUUUAGCUAAUUUUUCAAAGAUAAAGUGAACUGUUCAGCUUCAUAGAAAUUCAUAAACGUAUGGCUGUAGUGUGUGUGUGUGUGUGUGUGUGUGAGAGAGAGAGAGAGAGAGAGAGAGAAAGAGAGAGAGAGAGAGACUGACUCUAUGUUAAAUCUUAAAACUAAAUGAAUCCCAAGCUGUGUCCUUUGGGCCUUAUGUAGUCAUUCUUAAAAUCAGACAAUUUCUGGUUUCUGAGUCAUCCUGGUCUUAUCUCUAACAAUUUUUUUCCUUGAAAUUCUGAAAAUGAUUCAGAUAUGUGUGCAUAUUUGAUUCAUGUAGAUUAUCUGUAAGCUUGGGUGGUAUUUAUUCUAAAUGGAAAAAUACAGAAUUUUAUACUGAGAAUCUAUGUAAUUUAUAAUGGUUUGUUUUAUAUAUUAUAUUUUCAUAUCUCUAGGGCACAUCUACUAUUAUCAUCUUUUUGUAUAUCAUGCUUGGCAAAAAGAAAUAUUAAUACUUGACUAAAAUCUCUAGGAACCAAAUGUGAUAUAUGACAUACAGAAAUCUGUCUAAAAAUUUUUUGAAUGUUCUCACCCAUCCCAGACAUUACCGUGUCAUGUCAUUACAUCGAAAGUGAUUUGUCUCAGAUCCCUAUGAGCAUUCCUUUUUUCAAGACUAAGGCUAAAAGGUCUGACAUCCCUCAGGCCUUCAUUUCUAAGUAUAGAAGUCCAUGUUGUUUAAACUUCCCUUUGAAGGGCAAAUGUGAGAUAACAAGAAUGCAACUUUAUGGAAAGACUGACUUUAACAAUGGCUAUGUAAAUUGUUUUACAAGACUGGUAACAUGUUUAAAAUCUAAUGUUUGUAUUAUUAUUUAUGGGUGAUAUGGGAUCUGCUCAGUGCUUAACACAUUAUAUGAAGAGAAUGUAAGGAACACAAGAUAUUUGCAUGUUUUGAACAGGCACACUGUAAAUGUAGUAGAGCCACACAGAUCAGCUUAACUAUAGAAACGCAAUACCCAGCCACUAGAGGAAACAUUUUAGAAAGGCCAAUCUGACACCUUUUAUUACACAGAUUGAAAUACAGUGUUGCAUCCAUGCUAAAACUCUUCAAUUAGUAGCCCUGUGGUUCUUGUUAACUGUGGGGAUUUCUUCUCAGUGUUUCAUUUGGUAAGAAAAUGGAGCCUUUCAGAUACCUUAUUUUCUCAGCACAGUUCGACUAUUAUUCUGUACAUAUCUUCAUAUAACCUUUUGGCAGUUCCUUGAGAUUAUAAUCCCUGUUUCUAUUCUUGCUUUUUAAGCUAAUUUAUUGGUACUCUUUAAAUAUCUACCAAAUCUCAUAUAAUUCACACACACAUAUUUUGAGCAACUGUCAUCUUCAAGAUACUAGCCAUUUUUUACAAUCACCUACCCAUUUAAAAAUCCUUCUGUAGAUAACCAAGUUCAUUUUUUCCUUAUGACUCCUUGAGGAUUACUACAGUGAUUAACCAGGUUUGGAUUAAAUCAGUGGUAGGGAACUAAAUCAAAUACAGCAGAAUUGCUUACUAUAUUUUCCAAAGGACUGAGUGUUUGUUAAUACAAGAAAAUAUCAAAUGAAGAUGAUAAUGAUCUUUUUUGUUAAAUGUGGAAUUUUAAAGGGGCUAGUGCUAAGAAGAACACAAUCAAAAUUGAAGCUAGAGAAUACAAAAAUAGAAAGGAAAUAAUUCUAGGAAUAGUCUGGCUUUAUUUUAUUAUUAUUUAACCAAUAAUACAACCCUUCUGUUUGUCUCUCAGACCAUUGAGCUGCUAAUAGUGAGUUAAGAUCAAAGAAGAUGCUUGCACUUACGCUUGGUUUGCUGCAUUUCAGUAGUUCUGGAUGUCCAUUGUUAAGAUAAGAAAAUAACAUGAAAAAACCGUUCUGGGCAGAAAUGUUAAACUGGUGAUUUGGUGAACUAUAAAAUGUUCACUUUUUAAAAAAUAAUUUAAAUGUGUAAACAAAUGACUAGUAUUUAAGUUAAUGUUAAGGUAACAAAAAAAAAAAAAACCAUGUGAUCCAUCCUGUACUUUUGAAUUGAAUGUUGCUUUAAUAAAGGGUGUGUGCAGGUG